AUGACAUCAGCUGUCAAGUCAAGGAGAGCCUCUAUGGCCGAAAGACGUCCAUCGAUGGCUGAAAGAAGGCCAUCCGGCUUAAAUUCUCGCAGACCAUCCGUCAUUCCAUACUUAGCAGGACUUGAAAAGCCUGUUUUGCCAACGUUACCAUCAAAAUGUGACGUUUUAAUAUGCGGCACUGGUCUUGUUGAAAGUAUUCUAGCAGCUGCUUUGGCAUGGCAAGGUUCAAACGUUUUGCAUGUCGAUGCUAAUCCUUAUUACGGAGAUACUUGUGCUACGCUGACAAUUGAACAAAUUAGAGCAUGGUGUGCAAGUGUCAACGAUGGGUCCCCAGGUUUCCAUGGAUUCUCUAAAGCCAUGUUGCACAUUCCAUCACCUCAUAAGCUUAACUCAAGGGACUAUGGAAUAGAUUUGACUCCCCGACUUCUGUUUGCCAAAUCCGAUUUGCUAUCAUUACUAGUAGCCUCCCGUGUUUACAGAUAUCUUGAAUUUCAAUCUAUCAGCAACUUCCACACGUUUGAGAACGAUACUUUCGAUAAGAUGAUGAGUACAAAAGAGGAGAUCUUUGUCGACCAGUCGAUAAAUCUCCCAACAAAGCGUCUUUUAAUGAGAUUCAUCAAGUUUGUACUGGAGUAUGAACUUCCGGAGGGAAAAAAGAUAGUUGAAAGUCACAUGAAUGAAAAUUUUGUGGACUUUGUCCAUAACAUAUUCCACCUAUCUCCAAAGCAGGUGAAUGAGUUUUGCUAUACAUUGGGAUUGUCUCCUAUGCCAAAAAUAUCGGUUCCACAAGGAUUAUCACGUGUUAGACGCUAUUUAAUAUCCUUUAGUGUUUACGGCGAUUUCCCUACGCUGUAUUCAAAAUACGGAGGACCCGGUGAGAUAUCACAGGGAUUUUGUCGUUCGGCAGCCGUUGCAGGUGCAACUUAUAAGCUCAACACUUCGUUGAAGUAUUACGAUCCAAAGACCAAAAUUGCAUAUUUAAAUGAUGGAAGUAAAGUUAACAUUACAGAAAAGGUUGUUUGUUCUCCAUCUCAAGCACCCGGUGGAUCCAAAAAUGUUCCAAAGAUGCAAUAUGAAGUUACAAGGCUGAUCAGUAUUGUCGAGAAAUCAUGCAAGGAAUGGUUUGCCGAAGGCGAAAAUGCGGCUGUCGUUGUUUUCCCACCAAAAACACUAAGUACCAUGAAUGCAUAUCCCGUCCAAGCAAUCAUAAUGGGUUCUGGUACCGGCUCCUGCCCCGAUGGACAAUGCAUAUGGUAUUUGUCCACUAUAGAAAGGGGUGAAAGGGCCCGCAAGGAUCUCCAAGCAGCGGUUAAGAAAAUGGAAGAGUCAAUUCUCAGAGAAUCAGAAGAUGGUGGCUUUGAUGUUGAGCUGUCCGACAAUGAUGUUGCAAUACAGGCUAACGGAAAUGUUUCCGUAAUCAAUUCUGUGAAAUUGGGAAAGUCGUUCAAAGAAUUUGUUCCAAGAGAGAAACUCAAAUACCUAUUCAAGCUAAUAUUCACACAGACAACUUCCGUCGCCCCAUUUGGUGUGGUUUCAAACAACGUAUUUGAGAAAGCUGAAGAAACUGAGCAUAUAGAUGCUGGACCGGAUGAGAAAGUCAUAUAUUCGAGCAUGCCAUCAACAGAAAUAUCGUAUGACGGUGUUGUUACUGAGGCAAAGGUGUUAUACUCAAAAAUCGUCGGCUCGGAUGACGACUUUUUUGAUGUUGACUUUGAAGAUGAGGAUGAAAAUAAUGCUAAUACCAGAAAUAUUGACGAUGAAUCUGCAAUCGCUGAUGAUACGGAAGAGUUUCAAUCAGAAAUGGCGUUUGAGCUAUGA